AUGAGCGUCAAUGAAUUUGACGAGGUGCUCGGCAAGAUCGAGCCCGUCAUCACGAAGGAGAUCACGCACCUGAGGAAGCCGAUCUCGGCAGCAGAGCGCCUGGCGGCAACGCUGCGUUACCUGGCGUCAGGUGGGACUAUGAAGUCUGUGGCAGAAUCUUACCGCAUAGGCUUCGCCACGAUCCGCCUGAUCGUCCCUGAGACAUGCCGCGCCAUCUGGGAGGAGCUCGGACCAGGGCUGAUGGGGCUACCGUCGCCCGAGCAGUGGCGCCAGCACGCCCUGGAUUACGAGGAGGAGUGGCAGUUUCCCAACUGCUGUGGGGCGGUUGAUGGAAAGCAUAUCAUGGUCGACAAGCCUGCCAACAGUGGCUCAAUGAACUUUAACUAUAAAGGGUUCUUCAGCAUCGUGCUGAUGGCUGUGGUGGACGCGAAGUGUCGCUUUCGCUACAUCAGCGUGGGCAGCCACGGUCAGGAGAGUGACGGGGGAGUGUGGGGAGGAAGCGACCUGGGUCGGCUGCUGGAGGACCAAGACAACGGCGGGCCGCCUGUUCUGCCAGGCCCAGAGCCGCUCCCUGGCUCCGCAGUGACCGUGCCUCACGUGUUCGUGGCAGAUGAGGCUUUUCCGCUGCGGCAACAUAUGAUGAGGCCAUUUCCUGGGUCGCGCCUGACGAACGACCAACGACGUGUCUUUAACUACAGACUCAGCCGCGCCCGUCGGACCUCCGAGAACGCGUUCGGGAUCCUCGCACAACGGUGGCGGGUGUUCCGGGGUCCGAUCGGGUGUGACGUGGAGGCCGUUAAACUCAUCGUCCUGGCAACCUGCGUCCUGCAUAACUUCCUGAGAGAGAAGGACAUCGAGACCAGACGUGGAGGGCCAGCGGCCUACGGCUACGUCACGCCUGAAGAGCGACGAGACAUCCCCGGUCUCCGUGACCUACGUGACGCAGGCGCGUCUCACAAUCACCCUCAGCAGGCGGCCCAAGUACGAGAGAAGUACGUCGAGUACUUCAGCGGCGUCGGCAGUGUCCCCUGGCAGCUGAACAGCAUUCGCCGCUAG